AUGCCUUCUGUGAUCUUCACCUACGACAACGGCAGAAAGGCGCUGCAGGAGCGCCUCGGCGACAAGCUCGCCAAGGAGGGCCUCCCCGCGCAGCUGCUCAUGUACGCCUGGGUGACGUCGACGGAGCGCGACUACUCGUACCUGUCGCAGAUCAAGCAGUACAAGCCGUUCAUCGAGAUCAUGCGCCACUCCUUUACCCGGCUCCUCUACCAGGCGGGCGCCAAGGACGCCGCGAGCCUCUGCACGCCCGACGACAUGGAAUACAUCCUCGCUGAGUACAAGCAGCUGAAGCCGCGCGAGGGCCUGGCCGAGAUGAUGGACCUGCUCCGCACGAGCGGGUUUGAGGUGUGGUGCUGCACCGACGCGAACCAGGACCGGGUCAAGGGCUACUUUGACAGCGCGGGCAUCGACAUGCCCCUCGAGCGCAUCCUCAGCGCCGACGAGAUCCGCGCAGGCAAGCCCGAGGCGGCCGUGUACCAGUGGGCCAUGGGAAAGGCAAGCAGCCUUCGGCCAGGCGAGAAGAACAUCUUUGCCGCGAGCCACGCCUGGGAUGUGGCGGCUGCCCGGAGCGCAGGCUUUGAGAUUGCAUACUGCACCGCGUACGAGUACGACCCAUGCGAGGCGAUCUACGGCGCGAUGGACAUCAUCGAGCCGGACCUCGCAAGCCUCGGCAAGGCCAUUGUGGCCAAGUACGGGGCAGCCAAGUGA